CCCCAAAUUCAUAACCCACACUUUUCAUAAACCAAAUCACAUAAACCCUAAUAAAAUGUCUCUACUUCAUAUUCAUCAUUCUCUUGUUCCCCAAACACACCUCACAAAUUCCUCAAAAAAAACCUUCAUAAAACCCCAAAUUUCCUGCUCAAGUUCAAGCUCAAACUCUAUAAAUGACAUGAAUUUAUCAAAGGAUUUAUCAAUAGAGAUAAAAAAGAUUAAAACCCAGAUGGCACAGUCUCAAGAAGCCAUGAAAACAAGCAGAAAACUAUUAUAUACAGAAAUGUGUAAUUAUCUGGGAAUAGGCCAAGAAGAGCUAAAAAGGAAAUGGGAGAAAAUGGAGGAAGCUGAUAAGUGGGUUUUGGCUCAAGAGUUUGUUUCUGAUUGGGGGUCUAAUUUCCAUCCAUUAUCUGCUAAAUCUGUUAAAGAAUUAGUUGAUCAGUAUGUGUUUCGUGACGAUAAUGAUGCGAAUAAAAAAGUUAAUGAUGAUGAUGAUGGUGAUGGUGAUUCUUCUUUUGUAUUGUUUAGUGGUUUGAAAAAACUUAUGGGGUUUCCUGAUAGUAUAUGAUUGAUGUGUUUUUAGUAAUAAAGUUUGUAUCUUUGUCGAUAUUUCAUGGUCUUCUUUGAUAAAGUUUGCGUCUUUCGUUGAUAUUUUAAGGUUUUCUUCGUAGUCUCCAUUUGUUUUCUUUAUAAAGAACUCGAGCUUAUGUGUCUUGGACCCCGAAGACAUAGCAAGUGCAUAUCUAUUCAUUGUGGAGUGUCCAGAAAAAGCUCGAACACUAUUUGGAUGUCCUCUCCCAAUGCAUAUGACUAUUCUGGAAAAAAUGAUGCAAACAACUCAUUAAAUGAAGAAUCUUUAUAGUCUUUUGCUAUGUAACAAGAAUUGUAGCUCGUUUGUGUGCUUUAAAAUAGAUAUUUUGUGAUGGUCAUUUUGAUUAGCCAACCAGUUAGUAUAGGCAGGUUAGUGGCCGACCACAUUCUUUUGGGUGCGUCAAGUAGAUAGCUCAAGCGGGUCAGUAUAUUGUAAUAGUCAUAUUGUUCCAAUCUUCUCCUGUAGUUUAAUGUAUCAGAUUCAUAAUCAUAUAUAUUAGUAUUGUUCUUUUGAUUGGUAA